AUGUCAUUGAUUGAACUGCCACAAAAUAUUUCUUCGUUGUUUUCCUGUGUUCACAGAGUGGAUGGUGGAUCUCUGGCUUCAAAAAUUCGUAAAAAUAAGAAAAGAAAAAUUGGAAAACCCAUUACUCAUAGCAGAAAGGUUGAUCUGCUACUAAAAUUCGCAAUAGUUCAAGAGAAAUAUUUGUUGGAGAAGUUGCUAGGACAGUCUGUUAUUAUCAGUUUCAUUUAUGGCAUUGUUUAUUUCUUAGAAAAUAAAGGUAGUAUUUACAUCAUGGAUUGUCCUGGAGGUAGUAUUGCACGUUUAACCAAGAAAGCUCAAUUAGAAGCUCCUCUAUACAUUACAGAUAUUCGUGAGUUAAUUUUAUCAAUCAUUACAAUGUUAGAAUUGAAGAAUGCAAUCAGAGAGAUGUUAAAAAUACUUGAAAAAAUAGAGGAUGAUGAAUCUGAAAUGCAAAUUUUUCAGAGACAUAAAAACAAGCAUUCG